AUGACGUUCUACCGCUUCGUCGGAGGAGCAUUCGUGGAUGCACUCAAAGCAGACAAGUCGAUGGGGCUCCUCCUCGCGCGCCUUCAACGAGAUGAUCACUUUAAAACCAAAAAGCAACUAUCACUGGGUGUUUUUCCGGAACUGGCAACCGUUUUUAAAACUUCCGAGAUUUAUUUAAUGGAGUCGAUGGCUGAGGAGAUACUGAUACCGCGAGAGAAUACAACUUUUUGCGACCCGUACGACGUCUUAUACUACGAUCCUGGGCUGGAAGCUUACGUAGCCGCAGUACGCGGAACCAUGGCGACCAAGGACUUUGCUCACAGUACCGGAAAGGACGGUCUCCUGGGCACUAUUGGAAGCCAUGGGCAUGACGACCUUGUUUCAUUGAGAUCUAUAGGGAUCGACUAUGACGGCUAUGUCAAGAGAAGCCUUGCAAACAUGAUCACGCAGAAAACUGAUGACCAGGAAUCCCUGCUCGACCAGUGGCGGCGCCGGAUUAAAGCCUGCGAGAAGGGGAAGGUGCUCUAUCUCAGCGGUCAUAGUCUGGGAGCCGCGAUAGCACAGGUGUAUGCUCUUGUCGCCGAACUCGAGGGAUCCUUUGAAGCUGUCCAUCUAAGUCUUUACGGCACCUUCCCUAUCUACGACAAAGUCGCCGCUGAUGCGUUCAACAAAGAAACUCGAAUCAUUUGCAACAACUUUCAGUAUCUGUCGGAUCCGGUGCCGAAGAUGAAAAAUCUCGUAACGGCACUGAUCUAUCGGUAUUUCUUAUCCCUGCAAAUUGUUGAGGAGUGGCAGCAAAACGACCCAACCCAGAUAACCAAGCACGUCGGGAAGGUUUGGUACGGCAACUUUGCCUGGGCACAUGAUGCAGCAGUGGUUUUCAAUCCCAAACUUGGCUUCACCUGGGCUCAUCAGAUUGCGGCGUACAUGGACGGGUUUGUCUCCCCCGAGAUGUGGGCUUCAUGGGAUGAGUUUCAACGAAAUAAGGAUCUGGCCUCAGUGGUUCGCCCUAGCAAUGAUAAAACGAGGGCAGAGGCUUUUCAGGACGCAGAACAGCACUUGUAUGGGUGA